CCGAGCGGGCGUGCUGAGCCGCGCCAGUAGCGCGAACAGCCCCGAACGGCACACACGAUGAUCGCGCACAAGCACGCGCUCGCCGCUGCGCUGCUGUGCGCGCUGGCCGGCCAGCUGCGCGCCGGUGCCAGCCUGCACUGCGCCAUGCGACGGGAGAUCUCGCCCUGCACCUGCCGCCGCGAGGACGCCGGCACCGGGGCCAUCCUCGUAGUCUGUCAGCGCAUCACUGCCUAUAUGGAGAUCGCACAGGCUCUUAAAAACAAGUUUAGUCCCGAAACUAAAAUUGGACUGGACAUCUCCUACUCCCAGCUUCCGGAUUUUUCUGACCACAGCAUCAAAGAACUCGGACUUUCUAUCACAAGACUCAAACUAAACUUCGACAAUUUAAGUGAGUUGAAAGAGAGCGUGUUCACCAAGUUAGACUUGGUGGACUACUUCAGUCUGGCUGACAACUCGUUGACUGAGAUGCCCCGACACGUUCUGCAGCACUUGCCUCACGUCAAGACCCUCGACCUCUGCAGAAAUAAAAUCACAAAACUCACCGAAGAUGAUUUUAGGGACAUCCAGGAGGUGGAACAUUUACUGGUAGCAGAUAAUCAAAUAUCAAAGAUCGAAAGAGAUGCCGUUCCCAAAGCAUUGAAGCAUGUUCAUCUCGGAAUCAAUAAACUUAGCUCCCUCAAUGGAGCUCUCAGAGAGUUAGAUGACUUGGAGUGGAUUUUCAUAAACGCUAAUAAUCUCAAAUCAAUAGAUAAUGAACUGCCAGUCAAAGCCAAAAGGAUAGUCCUUAUUCACGCCGCUAAUAAUGAACUGCAAACCUUACCAAAGGAUUUAAAACAAAUGCCAUCGUUAGAAUCAUUGUAUUUUUACAAAAAUAAUAUCAAAUUACUGGAUGGGGCAUUGCAGAAAUCUAGAAGACUGAUGAGGAUUGGGUUAUCAUUCAACAAAAUAGAGAGCCUAGCAGAGGAUGAAUUCACGGAAGCGGAGAAACUGGCUGAGCUCGACAUAGCAUAUAACCAACUCAAAUCAUUGAAUGGUUCUUUAAAGAGUUUGAAGUCAUUGCGAUAUUUAAAUUUAACUCACAAUGCUUUAACUGAAUUCUCUCUUCAAGAAAUCAAAGGCUUGAAACGACUUUCUGUAAUAGAUCUUUCACAUAAUAGGAUAAGUCUUGUUACAGGAAAUAUGGAGAAUUUAGUGGAUGUCGAGACUCGGGUAUUAGAACUGAGAUUGGAUCACAAUCGAAUACUAAGUUUGGGAGGUGCACUAAUGGGCCUACAUGGUCUCUUGAGGCUUAAUCUAAGCAAUAAUCUACUUCAACAAAUUUCACCAGAUGAUCUCAUAGGCCUGGAAGAUCUAAGAUUGCUUGAUGUGUCCUAUAACCACAUAACAACACUAGAAGAAACAUCAAAGACGUUUUUGCCAUCACUUGAGGAAUUGAUAGCCCACCAUAAUAAUAUAACUUUGCUUGACAAAGAUUUCCAUGGACUGCCAUCUCUCUGUAUGGCAGAUUUAUCUUUUAACCAAAUUAAGACGAUCAAUUACGACGUAGUAUCCAAAUCCAGAUGUACAAUUAACGGAGUGCCUAGCGUACUAAAGAUUUACCUUCAAGAUAAUCCCGUCCUUUGCGACGAUCACCUGUAUGAGCUGAGCACGGUGCUAGAGACGCUGAAUGCCCGCAUCAAUGGAGCUUCCACUUGCGUGGCACCACAGACCGCUGCGCCCGUCCUGAUGAGGGCGCUCAACGACGUCGUGCCUCCUCAAGACAACGCACCUGUCAUCGUAGUGGCGCAGUUGGGUGGCGGACUUCGCGCACUGCCGGAGGGCGUCGACCGAGAUGCUGGCGCUCCUCAAGUACCGGCGCUGAUGUACCGGCGCGUGGGAGCACUGUUCGGCCACAUGCUGCCGGAGCGCGAGGAUGGGCUGCCGGUCGUGGUGGAGCCGCCCGUCACGCUGCCGCCCGCCGACACCAACGUGGUGGUCAAGUGGCCCGAUGAGAGGCGGGUGGACGAAGCGCAUCCGCUAGUGGACCAGCUGCGACUCCGUGACCUGAACACUUCGCCGCAGUGAGAGCAGGGGACCCGGGCGCCGCGCACGCCGAUGACUACGAAUUGACUGCUUCGCCUUAACAAUAUACUGCCAACAAUCUAGGCUAGGGCAGAGUGUCUUCUGAUUCGGUCGGGCGCAUGUAAAUUUUGAAUUAGAUAGAUACCAUCCCAUUCUGUUAGGUCUGCGAUGUAAAUAGGACGAUGCCUCGGGCACGCCGUCACUGACUGUGUACCUAUCCUAAUUAUGAUCCUAUACGAAAUCAUCGAGUAAAUAUUUGACUUUAGUAUGUAGCAAGUAUUAUCCGAACGGUUAAAAUUCUACGUAGCAAAAUAUAAAAGGCUUGUAUAUAAGUGGCUUGAAAAGGAGUGCUAUUGAUGAUGUUAAUUAUGUUUUUUUUGUAGAACAUUGUUUGUGACGCGAUCCUCUCAUAAAGGUCACCCUUAUUCUGUUUGCUAAAAUAUAAUCCUAUAUAAAUAUAAUUAUGUGUGAAAUUGAUACAAAAUAACACUGGUUUAAAGAAGGUUUUGGCAAAUGUUAUUGUUAUAAAAAAUAUUUCUACUAUUAUUCAUUCUGCCAAAGUGUCUACCAAAGAAGUAGGUUAUCUUACAGUUAAGUUACGACCUAUAUUAAUUAUUUGUAAGGUUUGUCACUUGAGCUCGGAUACAUACGGCUCUUCAGCAGCUUAUAGCUCUUGUUAACGGGUUUUCCUGUGUUUGUUCAUUAUCAAGAGUCAUGAGAGUGGGUAUGUCAUAUUUAAAUUCAAUAAAUUUCAAUAAUAUUUUUAUGGGAUUCUUGGAAAAGGUUUAUGGGACAAACCUUAGUCUAUAAAUAAAAAUCAUGAAUAUGCAAGGACAUUUUUAAAAUAAUUUACUUGUAAGAGUUAGACAUAUAAUAAUGUUAAAAACAAAGUAAUAUUUUAUGUGUGAACAUGUGUCCAUAAAGUUAUCUUUAUACAUAAGUAUUUUAUUUAUUAUUUUGAGAAAGAUCAUUGAUUAUGUAGAGGGUACGAUACAAUUAUCUUUCUUGUACUCAACAAUUCACAGUAGAAACCUGACAAACCAGUGUAAUUAUUGUAGCUGUCAGCAUGUCUGUAGUGUGAUAUUGUGUGUGUCGAUGUUUGGACCAGUCUUCUUCGUAUGUGUGACCAGUCAAAAUCAAAUAAAGCUGACCAGGACCUACCUUCAUUGAUUCUCCAUCACAUCCACAAAAGAGAUUGGUUCGGACUACUUAAGUUAAAUAAAUUAGUUGACAAUAAAAAAAUAACAAACAUUUAAAAGCCUGUCAGUCAAAAACGUACCUAGAUUAUUAUUUCUUUCGAUCUUCUCGAACGAAACUGUACCUAAGAUAACUUAUGUAAUUAACUACUAUAAUUUGUUAAGAAGUAGAUAUUUUGUUAGAGUAAUUUAAAAUGUCGAUUAACAAUUACUAAUAAAAGAUAUAAGGUGCUAACCAUUUUCA